CAAAAUUAGACUCAUCACACUAUCUACCACUACCGACCGUACUUUACAUAACACCGACCCAACUUGCCCGCGAUUUGCAAAAACAACGCCAGCCAGCCAGCCAGCUCGCAAGCCAGCCCGCCCAGCUAUGUCUUCAACGACGCCGGUCGCACAAUCCACAUCCACAUCCACACCGCAAGCCGACCACAGUCCAUUAUCGCCUCCUGGGCCACCUCCUUCCGCGACGGGAAGCACCCGCAAAGCAUGUGAUUCCUGCCGGCUGUCCAAGUCGCGCUGCGAAUCGGCCGCGCCGAACGACGCCGUGUGCAACCGCUGCAAGAAGACGGGGAGAAAAUGUGUCUUUGGCGAGCGCAGCCGGCGCAGGAAGCGCGCAAAGACCGAUAGUGGGGACGAGGCCGGCGGGGAGUCGGGCUCCGGAGAGAGGGAUAAGGUUUCGCGAUUGGAGAAGAAAGUUAGCAUUCUGGAGGCACGACUGGGAGCCGGAGCUAGUGGGGCGGGGAGGGACGGCGGCGAUGAUGGUACAGAGAGGUUCCGAACACCUCCAGCGAGUACUACCGCUCCGCCGCCAUCGGUGUCGCCGUCCGACGCCCCGCACCAUUUGACGAAUCCGCUGUACUUCUUUACGGACCGGCUACAGCGGAAUGGGACGUCGAAACCGUCCGGCCCUGCGCCGCCAGAUGUGUUGGCUCGCCAGGUGCUCACCCUCGAAACGGCGACGACGCUGUAUACGCAUUUCAUUUCGUCGAUGCUCCCGCACUUCCCGUUCUUUACCGCCUCGUCGUCAAUGAACGCCUGCCGCGAGGACAAGCCGUUGCUGUUCCUGACUAUGCUCUCCGCCGCGGCGGCGUCCAGUGGCGCGUCGGAGUUGCAUGCUACGCUACUCGAGGAGGUAUAUGCUACGCUUGCAGCCCGGAUUCUGCACUCUGGCGAUAAGAACCUCGAGCUCGUGCAGGCCAUCAUCACCACCGUGACGUGGUACCACCCGCCCGCGUCGAUCGACCAGAGUCGGCUAUGGAUGUUGACUAUGCAAGCUGCGGCGAUGGCAGUGGAGCUGGACUUGGGGAUUGCGGCGGAAAUAGAUGCUGUACGUGCGCUGCUCGUGUGUUACUCCUGCAAUGGAAGCAUCAGCAUUGUCCUCCGCCGCCCGUUGUUUUUGCGCUGGGGGAGAAGGAUCGAGGAUGCGCUUGAGCGCGUGUUGAAAUGUGGUCGGGACAGUGAUCGAGUACUGGAAGUGUAUAUCCGGUUAGUCAAGCACGUCGAGGAAGCAGUCUGUGCUUGCGGCGUCCUGGAUGGCGGUAGAGUAUCCAUCUCUGGCGCCAGUCUAGCAUGGACACUCGACGCGGCGGAAAAACGCGUAUCAGCGACGUGGGCCAAGCUCGAGCGCACCAGUAGCACCUGGGGCCUCGCACGAACCAGCCUCGACAUCGCACACCAUGGCGCCGUCCUCCAAGUCUUCUCCGUCCUCUUUGAAGCCAGCAACUCCGACCUCAUCCUUCUCCCCGCCAAUGCCCACCUCCUCUCCAACGCCCACCGCACACUCGACGUAUUCCUCGCCACGCCCGCAGAACAUCUCCGCUGCGCACCAUUCCACGUCUUCGCACGCGCCGCAAAUGCCUGCAGCGCGCUCCUCUGCUUCGCCGCUCGCGAGCGCAAGGCCGAAAAAACCAUCGAGCAUCUCAAGCUGCCGUACUACCUCGAAACCCUCAUCUCCCGUCUCCGCCGGCUUCUUGAGUUAGGCGGCGGGAGCAAGACCAUGGUCAUGUCCCUGGCCCUCGCGGACGGAAUGCGCCUGUACUUUCGCGCGAACCUGGCGUCUCCAGCGAAGGAGGAGGAACACGAAGAGGAAGCCGUCGCCGCGGCAGAGAUCCUCUGCGGUACGCCUGCCGCUUCCGCCGCAACUUUCCCCACCGCCGCACCGCCGCCCGCCAUGCAGCACCAGUACCCUCCGCCGGGUGCAGGGCUGAGUCCCAGUGUAGGGUAUAGCAUGCCCACACCACCCGACCACCAGCAACACCAGCUGCCACAGCAGCACCAGCAGCAACAACAGCCACAGCAACAACAACACCAGCAGUCGCACCAGCAGCAACAGCAACAGCAACAACAGCAGGGGAUCUUCCCGGAACCAAUGGUAUACGACCAGUCCGGCAUCAUGAGCUCGCAGGCGCUGGAUGCGUUCUUGGCUGGCGUGGACGGUCAGAUCAUGAUGGGCGGUAUUGGCGCGCCGGGGCUGGACCAGGGCUUUCCGGGAUUCGGAACAGGGAAUGAAACGGGUGCUUGGGGAGGCGGCGGGAGUGGUGGCGUGUGGGGGUGGGGGUUAAAUGGUGGAGGUGGUGGGAAUGGGGGUGGGGGGCAGGGUUAUGCAUGGGUUUAG